AUGUCAGAUACACAGGAGAAAGCACCCACUUCUACUGUGGAUAGCAAUUUGCACAAGAAGUCAGUCAUGAAGCAGAGCCUGGUGAAAGAUGUAACUUGUAGGCCUGAUGAAGAGAAGGGAGUUUAUGAUGAAGCAUUAAGCAGUUUCUUUAGGAACGUGGAUACCAGAAGUGGUGGAGAUGGUCGUGAUAUUUCUAAAGGAAAAAUCUGCUCUUUAAAAGCACGAGCACUCUUGAUUGACAUGGAGGAGGGUGUGGUAAAUGAAAUUCUUCAGGGACCGUUGAGAGAUGUGUUUGAUAGCAAGCAGCUUAUCACAGACGUUUCUGGAUCAGGAAACAACUGGGCUGUAGGUCACAAGGUAUACGGCUGUCAGUACCGGGAAAACAUUGUGGAAAAGCUGAGGAAAACUGCAGAACAUUGUGACUGUCUACAGUGUUUUUUUAUAAUUCAUUCUAUGGGCGGUGGGACAGGAUCUGGUCUUGGAACUUUUGUACUGAAUUUGCUUGAGGAUGAAUUCCCAGAAGUAUAUAGAUUUGUUACUUCAGUUUAUCCCUCUGGUGAAGAUGAUGUUAUUACUUCUCCAUAUAAUAGCGUUCUGGCUAUGAAGGAGCUUAAUGACCAUGCAGACUGUGUGCUACCAAUAGAGAAUGAAUCUUUGUUUGAUAUAGUUAAUAAAAUUCAUCAGAUGAUCAGUUCUGGAAAGCUAGGAACAAUUGUGAAGCAAAACAGCUUGGUAACAUCAAGUACAGGCAGUACAAAAACUGUACAGGAGAAGCCAUUUGAUGCCAUGAAUGAACAAGUUUUUAAACGGCUCUGUUGAUUUUUCAGCUCUGCUAGGUUUGAGGGUUCGCUUAACAUGGAUCUUAAUGAAAUCAGCAUGAAUUUGGUUCCCUUUCCUCGACUUCAUUACCUGGUUUCAAGCUUGACUCCUCUGUAUACUUUGGCUGAUGUUAAUGUACCUUCUAGAAGGUUGGAUCAGAUGUUUUCAGAUGCUUUUAGUAGAGAUCAUCAGCUAAUUCAAGCAGAUCCAAAGCAUAGUCUGUACCUUGCCUGUGCACUCCUCGUUCGAGGAAACGUGCAGGUUUCAGAUCUUCGCAGAAAUAUUGAAAGGUUGAAGCCAUCCCUGCACUUUGUCUCCUGGAAUCAAGAGGGAUGGAAAACUGGCUUGUGUUCAGUACCUCCUGUGGGCCAUUCCCACUCGCUUCUGGCUUUAGCAAACAACACCUGUGUGAAACCGACUCUUAUGGAACUCAAAGACAGGUUCAUGAGGCUCUACAAGAAAAAGGCUCAUCUUCACCAUUAUCUGCAUAUAGACGGGAUGGAGCAAAGCUGUUUCUCUGAAGCCUUAUCAUCUUUGUCUGACCUAAUAGAAGAGUAUAAUGAACUGGAUGCCACAAAAGGUGGGCCUAGAAUAGAGCCAUCAAGACUGAAGAUAGCUGUGUAAAGAAGGAAGAACUGUUAUUUUUCUUUUUUUCCCCUAAGCAUUUCAUCCACUUCAGUUGACCAGAAUGACUUGCAGAGUGCCUACAUCUUGUCAUUCUAAAAAAGGACUGGGACAACUGCCUCAGCUCUCUGGGGUGGGGGGGAGUAAUAUUAAGUGAUGGGCCCCCCCUGCAAGAAAGAUUCAAAAGUGUAUUGCUUGCCAGCACCUAAUUAUGGAGGAACUCAGUAGAGAGCUGUCAUACUAACUGUAAAGUUAACAUACCACAUGCUGUAAGGAGGAGAAGAAAGAAAGGUUGUAGCAGCCCAAAAUGUAGUUCUUAAAGUCGUCUUAAACCUUGAACUUAAAAUAAACUACAGGCAGGCCCUGCUUCAAAGAAGGAUCACCAUUACUAGUUUAUUAAUUUUUUUAACAAGUAACUAUGAAGAGAAGGAGAACCCAUAUGCUGUUUUCAAAGAUGAAAGCAAACCUCUAAAUUUUGCAGCAUACUCAUGUGUCAUUUUAGAAUGCUCUAAACAGUGUUCGUAGUUUAAUAUUUUUGCUUCCUUGUACUUAGCUAUGAUUAGCUGUAUUAGAGCAUUCUUAGUUGAGAUCAAAAGCGGCAAUAUCAGAAAACUCAAGAAAAUGCAUGUUUUUUCAAAUAUUAUAAUUGGAAUAUUAAUUAACAUUAUUUUAAUGAUACGUGUUCAAGAAAGCGGAGUUGCACUUGAUAAUGAAUUAAUACACUAUGCUUCUGAGUGAAACAAGCACUUAUAAUGAAGACUGUUUGGAGAACAAAGAUUACAUGGUUAAAAAAGAAUGCAAGUUAAAUAGAUGCUUUAAUGUAUAUAAUUAUUGGGGUAAGCUGACUUUUCUAUGACAGUAAGAACUUUCAGAAAAUAAAAUGUACAGCUAUUUCCAGUUGCUUGCCAGCUUUGACUGUCUUAAAACAGCAGGAGAGCAGUAAACUGUUUCAGAUCAGAAUGGACCAAUAAAAUGAAUUCUUAAAGUUUGAGUGGGUGUAUAAGUAAGCACAAUUUUCAGUGUAUGAGGCCAGAAGUAUUCAAUAAAACAUUGUGGUAACAGUU